AUGUCGGAGAAGAUGAUCCACGCCGAAACUGUGGAGCAGGCUUUGGGUAGGAUCUGGUGCCCCAUUAAAGGGAUUGAGUGCAAACCCUUGGGUGAUAACAAGUUCCUCAUCAACUUCCUACAAGAAUCGGGGAAGAGGAAGGCGUUGGAUGAAGGGCCAUGGAUGAUAUUAAAGGAGUUGUUGGUAGUUUCGGAUGUGGAUCGGAGGAAAACCCUAGAUGAGAUUGAGUUCAUCUCGGUGCCAAUUUGGGUGAGAAUCUCAAAUCUCCCCAUUGGCAUGAUGAAUAAGGAAGCGGGGAAGACCAUUGGAGAAGCGAUUGGGGAGUUUAUGAUGCUGGAUUUGGAGGAUGGUGAGGUGCCGAUCCGGCGCUUUUCUGAGGUGCAAGGUGUUGAUGGUGCGCCGGAUCGCUGGUGUCCUUUGGUGUACGAGUACUUACCAGAUUUUUGCUAUGUGUGUGGCAUCAUUGGCCACACUGAGAAGGCGUGCUCGGUUAGGCUGAAGGAGGGGGAAGUCCCACAGUUCGACAAGUCCUUGAGGUACUUGCCGGGGAGAGGGAGACCUGAUUCUGAUGGACAGAGGAGAUCGAAGAGGGAAAAAGGCGGGGGAGGGAAAUCUGGGUUGAGCUGGGGGCGUGGUUCGAGUGGAUCGGGUGGAAAGUGGGGGCAUGAUGGCUCCCGGAGUGAGGGCCCGACAUGGAGGAGGGGCAGUAAUGAUGGUGGUUUGCUGACGGGGAGGAAAGUAGGGGAGGAGGACGAGGUGACGAGCCCACUGAAGAAUGAUGGCAAGGAAGCUGUUCAGGAGGAGGGGCUUGACAAAGGUGCAAAGAAGGCGCUGACUUUCGGCGACAAUCCGGACGCCGACGCAGUGCAUAAACUGGGGACAAAGCCUGGGGAUACUGGGGUUGUUGUGGGGGCGGAUGCCUAA